AUGGCGAGUCGGUCGCGCGUCGCAGCUUACAAAGUUUGUUGGAGCAUUGGGUGCUUCGGAUCCGAUAUUCUUGCGGGUAUGGAUCAGGUCAUAAGCGACGGCGUGGACGUGCUUUUGCUCUCUCUCGGUGGUGGGUCUGCUCCGUAUUACAGAGACACCAUCGCAAUCGGAGCUUUCACGGUGGUUGAGAAGGGCAUUUUCAUCUCUUACUCUGCCGAAAACAGUGGGCCCAUCAGAACCUCAUUGGCCAACGUGGCACCCUGGAUCAUGACCGUUGGAGCCGGCAACAACCUUUUCACGCUUAUUUUCUCUCCAAUUCGAAGAGAUUGA